AUGCCCCUCCUUCUGCUGGCGGAUUUUGACGAGGCACGAGACCUCGCGUUACGUCGCACAGAAGAUUUCGACCGUGGGGCUUUUGUCUCUGACAGCUUCGGGGCGUUCGGAGAAUUCCACGCCCGUUUCGAUACCGGCCGGCAGUUCAAAGCAAACCGACGCUGGCUACAGGACUUGAUGACUCCGAGCUUCCUGAAUGGUUUCCUAGCGCCAUCUACAUAUGCCUUGGUUUUACAAUUGGUGGAAUUGUGGCGAAACAAGACCCGCCUCGCCGGGGACAGGCCAUUUAGCGCUAGUGCCGAUCUUGAUCGUGCCAACUUUGACAUUAUGAUGCGUCUGUUCUUUGGUGAGCAUUUCGGGUCCUCGUCAUUAGACUCUCAGAUCGGCCUUCUAUCCAUUGAAAACUCUCCGGAUACUGGAUUGCAUGGAGAAGCAGUUUUUUCCGAGGCUGCCAUCCAUCAGAUUUUCUAUGCGCUUCAUGAUGCAGGACGCACUGUGACCCAGAUAAUGACAUCGUUGUGGCCAAAAUUGACCCUUCGUUGGAUUCCCUGGACUGCUGGAUAUAGAAGAAUACAGUCAGCAAAGAAACGUUUAGUCUGCGAGCAGGUCCCCAAGGCCAUAGAGCGAGUGCGUUCGGGCGAGAAAUCAGCUGGGAUUGAUUAUAUACUAUCGCGAGAACAAGCUGCCGCAGAGCAGGAAGGUCGGAAACCUGAUUUUGACAAUGAAAUGAUUAUCAACGAGUUCUUUGGCAUUGCCUAUGCCGGGAUGGAUACCACAGAAGCCAACAUCUCCUGGGCUCUGAAGUUUAUAACAAAAGAUUCCAACGUCCAGGAAAAUCUUCGCCACGCGCUUCACUCUGCUUAUCCCUCGGCUGUCCAGGAGAAUCGACUUCCGACCGUCGCGGAGUUUUCCCGCACUGCUAGUGUGCCGUAUCUCGAUGCUUUAUUGGAAGAAACGCUCCGCCUCCACCCCGUUCUUAGCGCCCGCGAUGCAACCCGUGAUACGGAGAUCCUUGGCCACCGCGUCCCCAAGGGAAGCACGGUUCUCCUUCUCCCCAAUGGACCUAGUUUCCUGUCCCCACCCUUUGCUAUAGACGCGAGUCAGAGAAGCGCUACCACCCGCGUACUAAAGCCCUCACCGAAAUGGAAUCAAACAGACAUGAGAUCGUUCAACCCUGAACGCUGGCUGGUUUGUAAUCCGCAGGGUGACAUCGGGUUUGACGCAACUGCAGGGCCACAGUCAGCGUUUGGUCAUGGAGUCAGGGCAUGUUGGGUUGCUGCCGCGUUGGAGGCCGACCCCGAGACUAACCCUAAGACUGACCCCAUGGCCGGGUUUAAGGCGGAGAAAUUUGAGGCUAUUGAAGUUAUUCCGCUCUCCCAACCUAGCACUAAUAAGCUGCAUGAUGAAUCAACUGGCUUGUGA